AUGACCCUUUAUCUUCAAGUCACCGAUUAUGCUAUGUGGAUUAUAGUCACUAAAGGUCCCAAAAUCCAUGCCAAAUUAGUUGACAAUGUUAGUGUACCUAAAACCGAAGAUGAAUGUGAUGAAAAGGAUCAUAGACUAUUGCAAGACAAUACCAAAGCCAAACUCACUCUUGUAUGUGGCUUAGAUUCUAACGAGUAUAAUCGAAUAUCUAGUUGCGGCACGGCACAAGAAAUUUGGGACAAACUAGAAGUAACAUAUGAAGGCACCGACCAAGUUAAAGAAUCUCGUAUUGAUAUGUGUUUACCAAAGAAUUGGGAGGCUAAAGUCAUUGCAAUCAUUGAAGUAAAGAACUUAUCAAUUCUUGGAUUAGAUGAGCUCAUAGGGUCUCUAAUGACUCAUGAAAUCACUACGAAAGGACAUAAGGACGUUGAGGACAAAAAAAAGAGUGGAAUUGCUUUCAAAGCCUCAUCCCAUGAAGAAAAAAAUGAGGACACUAGUGAAGAUGAAGAAUAUGCUAUGUUUAGUAGAAAUCUCAAGAAGGACUACAAGAAGAACAAUCAUGGAGGUAGAAGACCUUUCAAGAAAGAGUACAACAAAGUUGACAUCCAAAAGAAGGAACCUAUCAUUUGCUAUGAGUGCCAAAAUCUGGGACACAUGAAAAUAGAUUGUCCAAAAUUGAAGAAACUUGGCAAAGACUACAAAAGGAACAAGAAGGCCAUGAUAGCAGCUUGCGGAGAAAGGGAUGAUAGCUCCAGUGAUAAAGUUGCCAACUUGUGUCUCAUAGCUCUUGAAGAAGAAGAAUUCACUGAAGAUGAGGUAAAUUUUAGUUAUGAAGAAUUAGAAAGUUCUUUCAAUGAAUUACUUGAUGAAUAUAGAAAAGUAUGUGCUAAAAGUAAUGGGUUAAAGAAAUUAGUUGCAUCUCUAUCUAGUAAUUUGGAUGAAUUAAACAAGGAGAACAUUACAUUGAAAAAUGACCGUGACACUAUUUCAAGUGAGAAAAUUGUUUUGAAAAAAUAG